AUGGCAUUCCCCACCCAUUUGAGCGCAGCAGUCGCUCUGUCGGCCCUCAUAUCCAGCGGCCUGGCAGCAUCCUUCGACGGCUCCCGCUACCUCUGGUACGAUACGCCCGGUACUCGCUUCAACGCAAGCCUCGCAGUCGGCAACGGCCGUCUCGGGGGCACACUCUACUGCCUCCCGACGGAAAUCAUCACCUGGAACGAAAACUCCGUGUGGAGUGGUACGUUCCAGGAUCGCGUCAAUCCACGGUCACUGGAGUCGUUCCCCAAGGUCCGAGAGCUGCUGGUCGAUGGAAACGUUACGCAGGCGGGGAAAUUGGCUCUGUCUGAUAUGACGGGGUCCUCGACUGACCCGCGCGAGUAUCAGGUUCUGGCGAAUUUGUAUGUGGAUCUUGGGCAGAGCGGGGAUGCGACGAAUUUGCAGCGGUACCUUGAUACCAUGGAGGGCUACACGGCUUGUGAGUAUGAGUUUGAUGGUGUUAACUACAAACGUGAACUCAUUGCAAGCGCUCCGCCUGGAGUCCUUGGGUUCCGGAUCCAAGCAGAUACCCCACAGGCGAUUAACCUGAACACAUACCUGCGCCGCUCGAAGUAUGUUGAGGACAAUACUGCCAGUGUUGCCGAUGGGGUUAGCUCUAUCGUGAUGAAGGCUACCACCGGAGAGGAGGAUUACUCCACCUUUACAGCAGGGGUUAGGGUCGUCGUGGACGAAGGUAACGUCACUGCGAAUGGAGAGAAGCUGUAUGUAACGGGAGCUACGACCGUGGACUUUUUCCUCGACGCCGAAUCGUCCUACCGAUACGAGUCAGAGAGCGACCAAGAGACGCAAUUGACUAAGAAGCUCGAUGCUGCCACCAAGACUGGCUACGAGAGGCUGCGGACAGAGGCGAUCAAGGACCACAAAAAGCUCGCAAACCGGGUUUCUCUUGAUCUGGGAGCGUCCACCGGAGACGCCGCUUCCCUUCCCACCAACGAGCGCAUUGAGAGGUAUAGAUCCGCGCCAGAUGACGACGUCGAAUUCGCCACCCUCAUGUUCAACUACGGAAGACACCUUCUUAUCGCAUCGUCCCGUGAUACCGGUGACCGUUCGCUGCCUCCUGGGUUGCAGGGAAUCUGGAACCAGGACUAUGAACCCUCCUGGGGCGCAAAGUACACGGUCAACAUCAACCUAGAAAUGAACUACUGGCCCGCGGAGACGACGAACCUGAACGAGCUAACUUCGCCGCUCUGGGACCUCCUCGCCCUGGUAGCGGAGCGCGGCAGCGAUGUCGCGGAGCGGAUGUACGGAUGUCCUGGGUUCGUCCUGCAUCAUAAUACCGACCUCUGGGGUGAUGCUGUGCCCGUUGAUAAUGGGACCAAGUACUCGAUCUGGCCGAUGGGAGGCGCGUGGCUUGCUCUGCAUAUGAUGGAGCAUUAUCGGUUCACCGGCGAUGAGACAUUCCUGAGGGAGAAGGCGUAUCCGAUUUUCAAGAGCGCGUUUGAAUUCUUCGAGUGCUAUCUUUUCGAAUUCGACGGGUACCUGACGACUGGGCCUUCCUGCUCGCCGGAAAAUGCAUUCAGGAUCCCCGAGGACAUGACCAAUGCUGGAUCCGAAGAGGCCUUGACUCUAAGCCCGACAAUGGACGAUGCCAUCUUGUUCGAGCUGUUAACUGCUCUGAAAGAAACUCACCAAGUCCUCGGAAUCAGAAACGACCUCGCAAAGACAGUAAACGAGUCCAUGGGCAAGAUCCGAUCCCCGCAAAUUGGCUCGGAUGGACAGAUCCUCGAAUGGCUGGAGGAGUGGACCGAAGUUGACCCUGCCCAUCGCCACUUUUCACCUCUAUUCGGCCUUUUCCCAGGAACACAGCUUACUUCGCUCGCAUCCACUGAGCUCGCCAAUGCCGCGGGAGUUCUACUCGACCACCGAAUGGACAGUGGCAGCGGCAGCACGGGCUGGUCGCGCGCGUGGUCUAUUUCCCUGUAUGCCCGGCUAUACCGAGGCGACGACGCCUGGAACAAUGUCCAAGCCUGGAUCCAGACGUUCCUCUUGCCGAACCUCUGGAACAGUGACAAGGGUGGAGCAACGACCUUCCAGAUUGACGGGAAUCUGGGCUAUACGGCUGCGAUCCCGGAGUUGCUACUCCAGAGUCACUCGGGGGUUGUUCAUCUUCUUCCUGCUUUGCCCUCGGCCGUCCCUACGGGGUCUGUUACUGGUCUUGUGGCGAGAGGAGGCUUCGAGGUGGACAUUGAGUGGGAGUCUGGCGCGCUGAAGAAGGCGACGGUCAAGUCUUUGCUCGGGAAUGAGCUUACGCUGCUGGUCAAUGGUGAUGUGGAGUUGUAUGUAAACGGCAAGAAGUAUAGGGGUCCGGUUGCGACGAAGAAGGGGAAGACGUACACUAUUACCGUGUGAGGGUAGAGUCAGAGUUAUGAUACUUGAGUACUAGUUACUAGUACAAUGUCAGAAGAGCCUGCCCAGUGUAUUGCUAUAGCAGUAUCAAGAUAUCAAACUCUCAUUUGACUAAAAGAACCGCG